AUGUCUAAAAUUGCCUCCAACUCCAGGUCGUCGUCAAAUUGGCUAGCCUUGAAAAAAACGCUCCCUACGAAGUCUAAGGACGGAAAGAACAAAAAAGUCAAAUCUCAUAAACGCCAAAAGACGGAAGAUGGAUCGCCGCCUCCUGAAGCUGGACCUAGUCGUAUAACUCUCCACUCUACACCAUCUGCUCCGCUAGACCCCCUCUCAACAACAGCAGGAGAUUUGAAGUCUUCGUUGAAAGCCAUGGUCCUGGGCGACAUACCAUACUCCGACCUCCAAAAACAACCAGGGAAAUAUCUUGCUCUAGAUUGCGAGAUGGUUGGCGUCGGGAUAGAUGGAUCGGAGUCUUCGUUGGCGCGGGUUAGCUUGGUUAACUACCAUGGCGCGGUGCAGCUGGAUGAGUUCGUUCGGCAGCGGGAGCGUGUCGUUGAUUACCGGACCCAAUAUAGUGGUGUCCGAGAGCGCGAUAUGGUCAAAGCCAAACCAUUCGAGGAGAUUCAAGCCCAAGUAGCGGAGCUACUAAAGGAUAAAAUACUGGUCGGACAUGCCGUUUUUAAUGACUUAAAGGCGCUAUUGCUUUCGCAUCCCAGACCGCAGACUCUCGACACGCAAUACUACGCAUGGAAAUUUAAAAUAACCAAGAGCAAAUACAUCGCUCUUCGGAAUCUCGUAAAACAAGAGCUCGGGCUAACGAUACAAGGCGGCGAGCAUUCUUCCGUCACCGAUGCUCGUGCUACUAUGGCCGUCUUCCGUCUGUAUAAGCGAGAGUGGGAGAAGAACUUGCGUCCAGCCACCGCCUCGAAUAAGAAGAAACGCAAACGGGGGGCCGACGAUGAGGGAACUGAUGGCGAGGAUACGGUCAGUGGCCAUGGGGUACCCACCAACGGUCCUCCAUCGAAGGCGCAGUUUCCUGGUGGCGGAAGGAAAGGGGUGAGUUCUGGCUUGUCAACCAUCGUUCGUGUUGGUGCGUCCACUCAGAAGACCAAGCAAGGAUGGUGGAAAGACCUUGGUGGGAAACUGAAAAGAUGA